CUGGGACUGCCCACAGCGACACUGUGCUGUACUGCCAUCACUCCUCCCUUGAAUCAGCCGCUGCUGGUCGCAGCAGUAUAAUAACACGCUGCUCUCGCCUCCUUCCCCUCAUGGGCAUGGAGCUCAACCUUAGUACUAUUCCCACCCUCUCUCUACCUGGCUUGCCCAGGCCUUGUUAACUUAUCAUUCUCGGAUGAUUGACGUUUUCAGGUUGCAGGAGUUCGAGAGGGCUCGCCGCCGCAGCAGCAGCUUCAUCCAUGUUGCUGAGCCAGGACUACCCUCUUGAGGAUGGAUUUUGGGGCUGGAAGUUAUAGGUUUGGGUCGUUGCCGUUGUGGGCUCAUAAUUGCGAGCUUUUCCUGGUCGAAGGGCAGGUCAUUACUACUGGUUGGAGUGUUUGAUCAGUGCGUCUGCGGCGUUGCUUUUUUGAGCUGAUUUUCGGUUUCUCUGCUGCACUGGACUGAGUUGAGACAAUUGUUUGCGAUGCACUCAGCUCCACUUCUCGUUGUCUUUCAGUGUGAAGCUCUGCUAUCAUCUCCGGGAGCGUUUGCGACUUCCGUUGGUUAGAUUAGAACAUGGUGUCUUGGUUUGGGUCUUAGGUCGGACAACUCACGAGGUAUCGAUUUCGUCUCCUGCUUCUCAGUACCUGCAUACCUGUCGAAAUUAGCUCGUGAUUGUCGAGCAGGUCGCUAGAACAAUGGCGAAGCAGUCAUCAACUCUGCUCAAAUUGCACAUCGGAAGUGGUGUGUUUUCUCUCGUUACCAGACUGGUUGCCUCUUCAGCUCUGCCUACCAUAGCUCAGCAUUUUCGUCUUUUACGCUGCACUGGGUCGAAGCCCUCAAUUCGAGUCUUAUACCUUUGAAUUUACUAGAUGAUACCUUCUUCAAUUAAUGCUAGACUGCUCAACUCGUUUCCCGAAAGCGGAGGAGUUUCGGCAACGAUUCAAGUUUAAGAUAUAUCUCAGAGCACUCUUGCUGUUGAAAUAAUCGAAAAGAAAACGGAACAUUCUGCUUUUGAGCUCGCCCCAUGAGUUUGAUGAAGAGGGACGUGAAGAUGCUCAUAUCACUGAAAACAGUUGUUGGGACUGACGAGGCAUCUGCAGUUUUGUUGCAAGAUUUACUCCAGGGGGAAGCUCUCUUGCCUAUCCUGGACUAUCAUGCCCUAAUGACGUACCAGUGCCAGCAAGUCGGCGGAUUCCGUGAUGCUUGUGAUGCAGCCUGCAAGACUGCUUGUCGGUUUGAAGAAACCUGCCCCUUGAUUAGCGAUUCGUGCGACUUGGGGAGCUCCUUUCUGUCCAAAAUUAGAGACUCAAAUCCUUCAUAUUCCCUUCAACAACGAAAUCCUUUUUGUUCUGAAGAUAUCGCUAUGCCUGAUGCUUUGAGAAUUGACCCAACACCAGAACGCAAGGUAGGGCACGACACUCUGGAGGCCGUGUCAGUGCUACAAGAGACGGAGGCAAAUUCCCGCUCAGGUUUAGGGUUCUUCACACAUUCAUACUCACUGCUGGACCUUUUAGAGAACCUUGCUACGUGCUCAGAGAUGAUGUCUUCCGCAAUUUUCAAGCUAAUCCAGGCGCUGCGGCUUCAAGGAUUGAUCGAGGCCAGGGCCAUAAUCCUACCUGGGCCGCCUCCUCGACACUUUGAACACCUCCAGCUCCGCAAACUGCUCUUGCUUUGAAAUUUAGAGUACCCGAGAGUGGUGCGUGUAUUGCACAGAUUUUACGGGACCCACCUAGGUUUCCCAACGAUUCCCUCGUAUCCUCUUCCCCCGCGUUAAUAAACCCCUUACCAUACAACCUAGACUAGGCUACAUGUAUUCACAAUAGUUUCUGUGUUAAUUUCAGUCAUAGUGAACAUUGCUGCAGUGUCGCGAGCGUCUUUCGUGUCUUGGUUUCCAUGCAGCAUUUGUUAUUCUAGCUCUAUCUGCGCAAUUAGUUGCGACACUUGCACCUUUCUCGGAUGCAAGUGUUUUUGAUGUCACAAUCCUAGCGGGAAUUGACAGACAUGUCAAAAUCUUGUUCUGGAUUUAAGUGCAUCAUAAUUUUUGUAUUAAGUUUUGAGUUGAAUGUGCAUGUGUGACAAUUUCAUAGCGUC